UCGGAAACAAAAAGGAAACACCACCACAAAGAAUGCCGAAUUCUAAGAACAAAAGAAACAAGGGAAAUGCCAAAUCCGACAAACAAAAAAAGCUGAAGCACAAAAUGCCGGCCUCCAUGAUAAGAAAAGGGAACAAGCGGGAGGUUGUCUUCGAUCCGGAAGCUCGCAGAUCACACCUUCGAGGAUUUUCGGAACGGAAAAGACAACGCAGAGCAUACGGUUUGGCCAUGCAAAAAGUGAAGGAUCGCAAGUCCAAAAUCGAGCAACGAGCCUCUGAAAAAAAGGACGUCCUCGAACGCGUAGAAGAGGCAGAGAAACAGAAGGAGCUGUGGAUGGAAGACGUUGCUAGAAUGAACAGGAACGUCCUGGAUUCUUUCCGUGUCGACGGAAAGGAUCUUUCGGAUGAAGAUGACGAUAGCGUCAGCAACGACAAGGACGAUGACGAGAAAGAAGACGUCAUCGACACAAAGAUUUACGACGACCAAAAAACAGAAACAACCUGGGGUGGUCAAGUGACAGUGACAACAUCAGUGGUGGAACUGGGUGAUGAUAGUAGCGACGAUGACUUCGACGGAAGUGAUGACAGAGGCAACAGAAAGGCUAAAUCUGUCGAUACAGCUCAGAAAUAUGCCGGAGAUGUUAACAAAUUCAUGGACGAGCUGAAAGGAAACAUGCCCGGUAAGAAGAAUCGCGAUAAUAGAGGCAACGCCAAAAGAAAAGGUAAAGAUGGUGCUUCUGAGAUGAAGGGUGUGGGAGGCAGUGGUAACUUGAAGAUUGCUUCGAAGUUGCUCAAUAAAUCAAAAGAUAGAAGCUUUGCACGGUCUGGAAAUGGCAAAAAAGGAAAGAGAAGAAAACGAUGAAGAUAUCUUUCACACUGUAAUGCAAUAGAACAUUUCGUCAUGU